GUUUUUAUUAUUUUAAACAAAAAAGGGCAUUUUGAUAAUAUGAGUGCCAAAAGAAUGGUAUUCUUAUGAAAAUUCCCAUGAGGUCAACACCGUCGGAGAAUUCUGCUGCUAUAGACUGAAAACAGAAAAUUUCCCAUGGAAACAACUUUGUCAGCGGCUGUUGCUCCCCGCUGUUUCUCCCUGCCUUCGCCGACCAAAUUUUCCAUUUCGAAUCCGAAAGGGCCCUUUCCUUCUUAUUCUUGGACGGGUUCCGCCCACUCUCUGUCUUUCUCUUAUGGAAAAUCAUUCACCAACGAGGUGUAUAGAGUGAUCAAUUUCAAGAAUGCACCCACUUCCAGAAGAGAAAUGGGGGGCGUGAUCAGAGCCGAAAUGUUCGGGCAGCUCACCACCGGGCUUGAAACCGCCUGGAGCAAGCUCAGAGGGGAAGAGGUGCUGACCAAGGAAAACAUUGUUGAACCUAUGAGAGACAUUAGGAGGGCUCUACUAGAAGCAGACGUUAGUCUUCCGGUCGUGAGAAGGUUUGUUCAAUCUGUUAGUGAUCAAGCUGUUGGCACAGGCUUGAUUAGAGGAGUAAGACCAGAUCAACAAAUGGCUAAGAUAGUGCAUGAUGAGCUUGUGAAGCUGAUGGGUGGAGAGGUUUCUGAGCUAGUUUUUGCGAAAUCUGGCCCCACAGUUAUUCUAUUAGCUGGUCUACAAGGUGUUGGAAAGACCACCGUCAGCGCAAAAUUAGCUUUAUAUCUUAAGAAGCUGGGGAAGAAGUGCAUGCUAAUUGCUGGAGAUGUGUAUAGACCUGCUGCAAUUGACCAGCUUGUUAUUUUGGGUCAACAGGUUGGUGUGCCCAUUUAUACAGCUGGGCAGGAUAUUAAACCCGCAGAGAUAGCUGAGCAAGGAUUAACAGAAGCCAAAAGGGAGAAUGUAGAUGUUGUCAUAAUGGAUACAGCCGGAAGACUUCAGAUAGAUAAAGCGAUGAUGGAUGAGUUAAAAGAAGUGAAGCAAGUACUGAACCCCACAGAGGUUUUGCUUGUUGUGGAUGCAAUGACUGGCCAAGAAGCAGCAGCACUUGUCACAACUUUCAAUCUUGAGAUUGGAAUUAGUGGCGCCAUUCUAUCAAAGCUGGAUGGGGAUUCUAGAGGUGGAUCGGCUUUGAGUGUAAAAGAGGUUUCAGGAAAACCAAUCAAACUUGUGGGAAGAGGUGAGCGGAUGGAGGAUCUUGAACCUUUCUACCCUGACCGUAUGGCUGGACGUAUCUUAGGGAUGGGAGACGUUUUGUCUUUAGUGGAAAAGGCCGAAGAAGUUAUGCGCCAAGAAGAUACGGAAGAAGUGCAAAACAAGAUUAUGAGUGCUAAGUUUGACUUCAAUGACUUCCUGAAGCAAAGUCGUAUGGUUGCACGGAUGGGCCCUAUGUCUCGUGUUAUUGGAAUGGUUCCUGGGAUGGCAAAGGUAACACCUUCACAGAUCAGAGAUGCAGAGAAGAGCUUAAAAGAUGUGGAAUCAAUGAUUGAAGCAAUGACCCCAGUGGAGAGGGAGCAGCCAGAGGUGUUGGCAGAAUCUCCCGACAGGAGGCAACGCAUUGCUCAAGAUUCUGGAAAAACUGAACAGCAGGUGAGCCAACUUGUUGCUCAGCUUUUCCAAAUGCGUGUGCGUAUGAAGAAUUUGAUGGGUUUAAUGGAGGGUGGGUCCAUUCCUGCUCUGAGGAAUCUUGAAGAUUCUGUGAAAUCGCUACAGAAGCCCCCUCCUGGAACUGCAAGAAGAAAGAGGAGAUCUGGAACAAGGAACCAGUUUGGGCAGAACUCCCUGGCGUCUACAAUUGCAAAGGAUGCUUAACUUUUAAAGCAAACAAUCUGCUUCGGUAGUGUGUAUAUUUAGCCUUUUAUAUUGUCUCUUCAGUCCUUUCCCAUGUGCCCACAAAAACUGUUCAAUUUAUAUAUUUCUAAUUGUAAUUGUUUUUAUGUCAUUUUUUUGUCAAAAAAUGUUAUGCAUGAAGAGUUAAUAAUCUCCUUUCCUUUGAAGCAUAGAAAGUCAUGGGAAAGAGUAUCUUCCCAUUCUGAAAAUUCAACGGGAACUUUUUGGAAACCCUUCAAACAGUUGUUUCUAUAUAAAGAUG